CAGGAAAGAAGAGAGGGGGAGAAGGACCUACCCAGACAAAGGAAUAAGAGAGGGGGACUCAGUGCUGUUGACGAUUGUGGCUAGGCGAGUAGCAAUACAAAGCGUUCUUUGCAGCAAACAGGUUCACGUGUUAAUUUCUAUAUCAACAGGUUAUGGGCCCAGCUGUACGCACAGCUAACAGCUACUCUGUCUGAACAAUUAUUUUUUUUUGUGUGUGUCCCCGGCUAACUGUUCCCAAGAAAUUAGAAAUUCUUUUCUGGAGUGAUGGAGAAAGAUGGCCGCCGCCAUGUUGUAUGGUGUCUGAAUGGGAAAAACUACGCGUCUUGGAAAUUUGGAAUGAAGCUGGCGUUACAAAGUGUUGAGCUUUGGGAAGUCGUGAACGGGACUCAACGGCAACCUGCUGAAAGACGCAAUGCUGACCAGGUGAUUGAAAAUGCAGCUGAUAUAACCAACUGGAACAAGAGAAAUACCACGGCAAUGCAGAACAUAUUUGGCGCCAUCAAAGAAGACCAAUCAAGGAUCCUGAUGUCUUGUAGCACAGCCCAAGAGAUGUGGAUGAAAUUGGAGACUGAGUAUGAAGAAGAUGCCGCAGACAAUGCACCUCUAUUGUGGACAAAGUUCUAUGGAUGCACAUUUCGACCAAGCCAAAGUGUAUCAAGCUUCCUGACUGAGUUGGAACAGAUAGCAUUCCGUCUGAAGAGCCUCAACAUAGCUAUUGAUGAUAAUCAAAUAAUGGCAAAGAUACUCAUGUCGCUUCCUCCAGAGUUCCGUGUUUUUGCCUUUGCAUGGGACAGCACGCCUGUUGCAGAGAAAACUCUCAAGAAACUGACUACUCGCCUUAUAGCAUUGGACAAGAGCCUGCGCAACGACGAAGAAGCAAAAUCGACAUCUGAUACUGCCUAUCUCAGUAAGCCGAACAGAGAUGAAUCACAGCACAAAGAGCAAGCACUUCCUGCCCAGUACGGUCAGAACAAAGGAAAAAGCCACCCUUCCAGUCAACAUGCUGGUAUACCGAGAACAUGCUGGGAGUGCAACUCCACUACGCAUGUUAGAGCUCAAUGCCGUCAAUACAAACGCCGGCGUGAGAGAGAAGGAGAAGAAGCGGACAGAAAAAGGAAGCGUUACGAUCGACAUGACAGAAGAGAUGAUAAACUAUGUAAGCUCCCAGGAGCAACUGGCCGAUGCACUCACGAAACCCCUGGCUGCUCCACGCUUCAAGUAUCUCCGUGACAAGAUUGGCGUUCGGGGUGUAGGGGAGGUGUAACUGAAGAGUUAAAGGAGGCUGAUAUUUCUUUUCUUAUUAUUUGUCUUGUGACACUGAACCUAGUAUUUAUGUCUGAUUCAAAUAUGCUGUGUAUUCUGUGCUCAUGUUUAUUUUUGGGGGUCCAGUUUGAGGGGAGGUGUUGAGUAUAAAAGAUAAACAAACUGGACAGUGCGGCAACGCAGGAUAGCCAGGAAAGAAGAGAGGGGGAGAAGGACCUACCCAGACAAAGGAAUAAGAGAGGGGGACUCAGUGCUGUUGACGAUUGUGGCUAGGCGAGUAGCAAUACAAAGCGUUCUUUGCAGCAAACAGGUUCACGUGUUAAUUUCUAUAUCAACAAAACCCGCCUGACUCUGACAGAUAACUCGCACUGACUAACAAAAAAAACUGUAAACUGAAGUUCCAGCUGCCAUCUAGGAGCAACAACAAGCUGCCUCCGGCUCAGGGCCGGAAAUGGAGGGAAAAAUAAACCUACACGGCCACCACCUGUGUGUGGGGAAACCUCCUUCCGCCGAUGCUCUUUUGUUAAAAGAGAAAGAAAGAGAGAAAAAAAAAACUAUUUUUAUGUUUAUUGAAAACACUUUUGUUUGAAUCGUAGGUGUGUAGCCUAGUGAAUUCAAUCGGUGCAGGUGUAUAAAUUCCCAAAUCGAUAUAUUGAUCAAGGUAAUGUGUACACAAAAGUAUUAUCUUUUGUUCGUGGUCUCUCUCGUGUUUGGUAUCAGCGACCCGGUGACCGGCUCGUAAUCUGCCAAUCGCGUGCUGUCGAAAAUGUAACUUUUAAAGACGAUCACGUAAAAACAGUAACCUUUUGUAUAUAGAUCAUCAGCCAUAUGCUAUUUUUAUAAUGCAGGUAGGUAGUCUAUAUUUACUAUAUUGUCUGCACGUGGCCUACAUAACCGAUCAAGCUGAGCCAACAGGACGCAAUGAGAGAAAGGGGAGUUACUGUUUUGUGUUUUUGGCGAACUUCAAACAACGAAAUUGUAAAUCCGACAGACUUAAUCUCGACAGUGGAAUGACGAAAUAAUUUAUUAGAGAGAGUGGGACAGACUGGGG